UGCCCGCUGCCCCGCGCCGUCUCGGGCGGCCGGAACCGCAGCCCCCAUCAGGCCUUGCGCGGCGCGCUGCCUCCUGGGACUUGUAGUUCCUCCACUGUUCGGCGGGCACCCCUAACCCCAGCGCGCGGGCGCGGCCUGGCGGACUCCUCGGGCCCUUUCUUCGCUCCAUAGCUUCUGGAGAAACUAGGUGCUUUUGCAGAGUAGAGCAGAGGAACCUAUGGGCUUCCACUCCCCCUUGCCAGAAAGCAGCCAGAACAGGGAAAGAGCCUGUCCAGGUGACCACAGGUCUCGGAGCCCCAGGUGUCCUGAUUUUCAACCGGGAUGCGGGUUCUUUCCUAGGCUGAGCAGCCCAGUUCGGCCUGAGGGGGACUGCAGCGGGAGUCAUGUCCCUCGCGGGUUCAAAAUGACCCCCACGGUGGGUGGGGCUCUUUCUGGAUGGGGAUGGGUAACGUUGAGGAAGAGACUAGGUCCCAGGAAGAGAGGAUCCCAGGGAGGCCUCCCAACCUGGUCCCAGAACUUAGUGGCUUGCAGGGGGCGUGGCUGAGCUUGAGCCUGGACUUGCCACCCUCAGGUAAGGGGAUCUCAUCAGCUAGCAGACCAGGAGAGGGAGGGGAGCUGUGUGGAGCCAGACUCAGUUUGUUUACAGCACCUCUGCUUCGGGGUAGGAGGGCUGAAGGCAGAGCCCCACGGGGCCAGAUACCCAUAGCCUGGCCUCCCACAUCCUUAGGCAGUACUAGCCCCUCUGGAGCACAGAACCCUUUCCCUAAGGACAUGAAGCUGUUGGAGAAUUCGAGCUUUGAGGCCAUCAAUUCGCAGCUGACUGUAGAGACCGGAGAUGCCCACAUCAUUGGCAGGAUUGAGAGCUACUCAUGUAAGAUGGCAGGAGACGACAAACACAUGUUCAAGCAGUUCUGCCAGGAAGGCCAGCCCCACGUACUGGAGGCACUUUCCCCACCCCAGACCUCUGGCCUUAGCCCCAGCAGACUGAGCAAGAGCCAAGGUGGUGAGGACGAGGGCCCCCUUAGUGACAAGUGCAGCCGCAAGACCCUCUUCUACCUGAUUGCCACACUCAACGAGUCCUUCAGGCCUGACUAUGACUUCAGCACAGCCCGCAGCCAUGAGUUCAGCCGGGAGCCCAGCCUCAGUUGGGUGGUGAAUGCAGUCAACUGCAGUCUAUUCUCAGCUGUGCGAGAGGACUUCAAGGCCCUGAAGCCGCAGCUGUGGAAUGCAGUGGAUGAGGAGAUCUGCUUGGCAGAAUGUGACAUCUAUAGGUGGGCCGGCAUCCCUGCAGGAGGGCCCCCCAGGUGUGUGUGGCACUUGGGGCCUCAUGCCACUUCUCACCCCACACUUUCCAGCUAUAACCCAGACCUAGACUCAGAUCCCUUUGGGGAGGAUGGCAGCCUUUGGUCCUUCAACUACUUCUUCUACAACAAGCGCCUCAAGCGAAUUGUCUUCUUCAGCUGCCGCUCCAUCAGUGGCUCCACCUACACACCCUCAGAGGCAGGCAAUGAGCUGGACAUGGAACUGGGGGAGGAAGUGGAGGAAGAAGGCGGAAGCAGUGAGGGCGGGGCCGAGGACACCAGCACCAAGGAGGACAGGGUCCCAGUGAUGUGUAUGUGAUGAGGAGCAGAGGCCCCAGCUUCAUCCAGCUUCAACCAAUGCCUGGACCUGCCCACCUGAGAGGCCCCAGGGCCUCCCCAGCUGCUGGCCGGACCCUGGCGCUGCCACAGUCCCAGCGCUGCCCAAGGCCACACCUGCCUGGCCCUUUGGCUCUAGCCUGUGGAUGUCCACUCACCCCCACAGGCUGCUGCUGCCCAUGCUGUGGCUGGACUAGAUAGACAGCACGGGACCUGGUGGGAAGAGCGACUGCCUGCCUCCCCAAACGAACUGCCACAGGCAGGGACAGCUGGACCACAGAGUUUAUUUUUGUAUUUUGUACUGGGCCUGCACACUCCAGCCCAAAGGGCCUAUGGCCUGAGGCCCCACAAGCAGGCCCCUGCGGUCACCGGCUCUGGUCUUGGGCUGGUCCCUGGCGCCCACCUGUACCCCCCUCACCUCGCCCGUUUGACCGUGUGCACUGAGUGUCACUUUGCUGCAGCUCAUUCGUUUCCAAUAAAAGUUUCUGUGAUUUA